ACUCCCUGCCCAUCCGGAGUGCCUGGCCGGUGGCCGGCAUAAGCCACCCGCCGCGUCCUCAUGGAACCGGGUACCACCCUGCUCUCCCGAAGCACAUCCCUCCUCCCGCCGUCGGGGCCGCACAGGAACUGGUGCGCGCCACCUCACAGCAGUUAACACCCAGGAACCCGGCGCAGGAAGGUGCCGCCCGGAGGAACCGAGCCGGGAGGCGGGACUAGGCCGGAGUCCACGCCUCGCGCCAGAUCCCGGCCUCCCAUUGGCUCGUGUGCCUGUCCGUCCGCCCGGCACUGGCCCGCGCCUCUUUCUCCGCUACCUCUGCGCGUGUGGGGCGGUCCCCCCCGGCAGAGCAAGCCGGAGCUGGCGCCGGCUGCCGGGAGCUUACGGGAGGCCGGGAGAGGCGGCGCCAGGGUCGAGCAUCACGGGCUGUAGCGCCGCGGCCUCUCUGCCUACAGCACCACCUGGCGCGGGCCAGGGUCUGGUGAGAGAAAAGAUGUUUUCCCGGGUAAGAGCCGUUGUCACUCCUUGUACUUUGACAUGUCGUCAUUUGCACCUGAAGGAGAAAGGCAAGCCACUCAUGUUGAACCCACGAACAAACAAGGGGAUGGCGUUUACAUUACAAGAACGACAAAUGCUUGGUCUUCAAGGACUUUUGCCUCCCAAAAUAGAGACACAAGAUAUUCAAGCCUUACGAUUCCAUAGAAACUUGAAAAAAAUGACUAGCCCUUUAGAAAAAUACAUCUAUAUAAUGGGCAUACAAGAAAGAAAUGAGAAACUGUUUUAUAGAAUACUGCAAGAUGAUAUUGAAAGUCUGAUGCCAAUUGUAUAUACACCAACAGUUGGUCUUGCCUGCUCCCAGUAUGGCCACAUUUUUAGAAGACCUAAGGGGUUGUUUAUUUCAAUCUCAGACAGAGGUCAUGUCAGAUCGAUUGUGGAUAACUGGCCAGAAAACCACGUAAAGGCUGUCGUGGUGACUGACGGAGAGAGAAUUCUGGGUCUUGGAGAUCUGGGUGUCUAUGGGAUGGGGAUCCCCGUUGGGAAGCUUUGUUUGUACACAGCAUGUGCAGGAAUACAGCCCGAGAAAUGCCUGCCUGUGUGUAUCGACGUGGGAACUGAUAACAAAGCACUAUUAAAAGAUCCCUUUUAUAUGGGCUUGUAUCAGAAACGAGAUCGUUCCCAACUGUAUGACGACCUGAUUGAUGAGUUUAUGAAGGCGAUUACUGACAGAUAUGGACGAAACACACUCAUCCAGUUUGAAGACUUUGGGAAUCAUAAUGCCUUCAGGUUCUUAAGAAAAUAUCGAGAAAAAUACUGUACUUUCAAUGACGACAUUCAAGGGACAGCUGCAGUUGCUUUGUCGGGCCUUCUCGCAACCCAAAAAGUUAUUAAUAAACCAGUCUCAGAACACAAAAUCUUAUUUCUUGGAGCAGGAGAGGCCGCCCUUGGAAUUGCAAACCUUAUAGUCAUGUCUAUGGUGGAAAGUGGCCUCUCAGAAGAGGAGGCACGGAGGAAGGUCUGGAUGUUCGACAAGAACGGCUUACUAGUUAAGGGGCGGGCUGCUAGCAUAGAUAGUAACCAGGAACCGUUUGCUCACUGUGUCCCAGGGAACAUACCUGGAACUUUUGAAGAUGCAGUAAAUGAACUUAAGCCUUCAGUUAUAAUUGGAGUGGCAGGUGCUGGCCGGCUUUUUACUCCUGGCGUAAUCACGGCCAUGGCCUCUAUCAAUGAAAGGCCUAUAAUAUUUGCAUUAAGUAAUCCUACAGCACAGGCUGAGUGCACAGCAGAAGAAGCAUAUACACUCACAGAGGGCAGGUGUUUGUUUGCCAGUGGCAGCCCGUUUGAGCCAGUGCAGCUCGAGGAUGGACGAGUCUUCACCCCGGGCCAAGGAAACAACGCGUAUAUUUUCCCAGGUGUGGCUUUAGCUGUUAUCCUCUGUCAGACCCGGCAUAUCAGUGACAGUGUUUUCUUGGAAGCUGCAAAGGCACUGACAAGUCAGUUGACCGAUGCAGAGUUAGCCCAAGGGAGGCUGUACCCAUCACUUGCUAACAUCCAGGAAGUUUCUGUUAACAUUGCUAUUAAAGUUGCAGAAUACCUGUAUGCUAACAAAAUGGCUUUCCGAUACCCAGAGCCUGAGGACAAGGCCAAGUACGUUAAAGAAAGAAUAUGGCGGAGUGAUUAUGUUUCCCUGCUCCCGGACGUGUACGAUUGGCCGGAGUCUUCACUGAAGCCUCCUCAGAUGUCCGAAUAGAAACUGCCCCAUCAAGACAUUCCGUGCUUCAGAGAACCACUAUUUUUAGACAAAAAGAUAAUCUUCUCAGAGUUGCAGCCUGUGCUUUAUUCCUCCACACCACUUGCUUGGCAUCUCUUUCUGUGAAUCUCUCUCCUUGGGGACAGACAUGUUGACUGUACUGCUACUGCCCACCAGUGCCCACAGUCCAGUACUGAGACCGCGUCGGUCCUGACGGUUGUCGCCAUUGUGCCCUUGUUGGAGCUGGCUACGGUCAUCUUGCUGUUACAUGAAUGUAUCCUCCACCUCCACUCAGCUCUUCCAGGGCUGUGGAUCUGGGUACAGAGUAUUGAGAAGAAGCCAAAAUUUACUUAAUUCCAAAGAAAACUUGUCAGUACUUAGAACUGUUCUUUUAUAUAUUUUUACUUUUAUUUUACUUUACAUUUUACGUUCGUGCUCUGAAAUCCAUUUGUAGUAUACAGAUCUGGGGAAAUAAGAAGAAAUCUCCCCAAUUUCCUGGAACUCAAUCAAGGCUAACUAACAUUAUAGAUGAGUGGGAGGAGCCAGUGCUGCCUUUAGACAAGCUGAAGAGUCACUUGCAACACUGUACAAAAAUAAAUACUACUUAUUUAAUAAAAGUAAUACCUUA